AUGGCGUCUUCGUCUUCGUCUUCUUCCACGCCUCUGCUCUACGCAUGCAUAGCCCACAACACAACCGUCCUAACUGAACACACGGCCUCUGCCUCCUCAAACGCCUCCUCUCUCGUCUCCCUCGUCCUCCCACGCAUCGCUCACGACAAAUCCGCCCACAAAACCAUUGAUCAAUCCAAAUUCUUCAUCCAUUGCCUCGUCAAAUCCCCCUCAGACUUCCCCAACAACCAGUCUACGGCCGGCGGGCUCACCUUCCUCGUCAUCGCCGAACGCGACCUCGGCCAGCGCAUACCCUUUGGCUUCCUGACCAAUCUCGAAAAGAAGUUCUUUGCCGAGUUUGAGCCUGGAAGCACCAAUUUCCAUGAUUUGCCGCCGUAUGGGUGUGCGAGUUUCAAUGGCGCGUUGAAGAGGAUGAUGGUGGAGCAGGGUGGUACUCAGGCUGGCCAGCAGGAUGCGCUCAGGACGGCGCAGCGAGAAAUCGAGGGUGUGAGGGAGAUUAUGACGGAGAACAUUGAGCGUGUAUUGGAGAGGGGUGAGCAUAUGAGUGUGCUGGUUGAUAAGACUGGCAGACUGGGAGAAAAUGCGAGAGACUUCAGGGUUAGGUCACGGACGCUCAAGAGGAGGAUGUGGUGGAAGAACGUCAAGUUGAUGGUGCUGUUGACCCUCGUCGUCAUCUUCUUGAUCUACCUGUUCGUUGGCUUCGGCUGUGGUCUUCCUGGUUGGGGACGAUGCCUCGGUCACUAG